GCAUCAACAUCAGAAGAGAGAGGGGGGAUCUUACGGAAGACCUUUUGAAUCGCAGCCUUGGUCGUUAAACGGUUGUUAUCAAUCAUUUUGAAGUUAACGGAUAAAUUCAAUAGGAUUUAAACAUGACUUUAAGAGGGCCACUGUGUCGUCUUCUACGGACGCAACUCAACAAUACCUGUCAGAGCAGAGCGCAUUCUGUGGCUGUUUUAGGAGCCCCAUUCUCAAAAGGACAGAAAAGGGGAGGGGUGGAAAAUGGACCCAAAGCCAUCAGAGAUGCUGGUCUGAUCGAGAGACUUUCACAUCUGGAUUACCCAGUGCAUGACUUCGGAGACCUGAGCUUCCAGUAUCUGGAGAAGGACGAGCCUUACAUGCACGUCCCCUUCCCUCGCACUGUGGGCAGAGCUAACAAACUGCUGUCAGGGGCCGUCAGCAACGCUGUGGGAGCCGGACACACUACCAUCAUGCUGGGAGGAGACCACAGCCUGGCCAUUGGUUCAGUGGAAGGCCACGCCAAGCAGCGUCCCGACCUGUGUCUGAUCUGGGUCGACGCCCACGCUGACAUAAACACGCCCUUCACGUCUCCCUCAGGCAACCUCCACGGACAGUCGGUGGCCUUCAUGCUCAAAGAGCUGCAGAACAAGAUGCCAGAGCUCCCAGGCUUCUCCUGGGUGAAGCCCUUCCUGUCGGCUAAAGACCUGGUCUACAUUGGCCUGAGAGACGUAGACCCGGGAGAGUACGACAUCCUGAAAGACUUGGGUGUCCAGUACUUCACAAUGAGAGACAUCGACAGGCUCGGCAUCCAGAGAGUCAUGGAAGUCACUUUCGACCACCUCUUGUCAAGGAAGCAGCGGCCAAUCCAUCUGAGUUUUGACAUUGAUGCGAUGGACCCUUCGUUGGCCCCGGCCACAGGAACACCAGUAAACGGAGGACUGACCUACAGAGAAGGAAUCUGGAUCACAGAGGAGAUCCACAACACAGGGUUGUUGUCAGUGAUGGACCUUGUUGAGGUCAACCCAGACCUGGGGGCGAGUCGUGAGGCGGUGGAGAGCACUGCUUCCAUGGCGGUCGACGUCAUCGCAUCCGCCCUAGGGCAGACCCGUGAGGGAGGUCCCAUCACUCAGGAGUCGCAAACGCUUAAAGAGGAUACGGAACAGCUCCGGCUCUAGAACACACAGCUUCUAGAACACACAGCUUCUAGAACACACAGCUUCUAGAAGACUAAGAACUUUCAACAUGUGACCACUUGGCAUUCCUGAAUUCUAAAAGACUUUACAUACACACACUGGUGCAGUAGUUGGAAAGUCUUCUGUGUGUAUGGUGCUGUAUGGCAACCUGUUCAACAGACAGUCAAACUUCAAUCAUGACUGAACUUAUAAUAACCAAUAAGCCCCAAAUAAAGGCUUUAUACGCCUUAUUUACUAAGAUGACUUGAAAAACUUAGCCUGGGCCCAGAUCUUUGCUAUCUUAUCAUCUGUUUGGCAGGACAAGGAAUCGCAUAAAAUAGUCACACAAACAGACUGGUACCCAGGCUAUGGAAAGCUCUCAUCUAAAAUGUCAACUGUAAUUGAUGUGAUCAGCUGGUCUCCCUGGCCUUUGGAAAGACAGCCUCCCAAGCUCCACUAGGGAAAUGUUGACUGUAUUUGACUGUGAUCAGUAGUGUGCCAUAGACAUAGUGAUCAGCAGUGUGCCAUAGACAUAGUGAUCAGUAGUAUGCUAUAGACAUGGUGAUCAGCAGUGUGCCAUAGACAUAGUGACCAGUAGUAUGCCAUAGACAUAGUGAUCAGUAGUGUGCCAUAGACAUAGUGAUCAGUAGUGUGCCAUAGACAUAGUGAUCAGUAGUAUGCCAUAGACAUAGUGAUCAGCAGUGUGCCAUAGACAUAGUGAUCAGUAGUAUGCCAUAGACAUAGUGAUCAGUAGUGUGCCAUAGACAUAGUGACCAGUAGUAUGCCAUAGACAUAGUGAUCAGUAGUAUGCCAUAGACAUAGUGAUCAGCAGUGUGCCAUACACUUUAUUUAACUAGGCAAGUCAGUUAAGAACAAAUUAUUAUUUUCAAUGACUGCCUAGGAACAGUGGGUUAACUGCCUGUUCAGGGGCAGAACGACAGAUUUGUACCAUGUCAGCUCGGGGAUAUGAGCUUGCAACCUUUACAGUUGCUAGUCCAACACUCUAACCACUAGGCUACCCUGCCGCCCCUCCACUCUAACCACUAGGCUACCCUGCCGCCCCUCCACUCUAACCACUAGGCUACCCUGCCGCCCCUCCACUCUAACCACCUAGUUGCUGACGACUUAACCCUGCAGCUCUGUAAUGGGGUUGUAUGAAGCUGGACACGACGACAAGCAUGAAACUGCCUGAAAACUAUGUUUAUGUGCAGAAUGUUAUUAUUAUUCUACUGAUGUUUACACUGUUUGGUUUGGACAUAUACCUCAGCUAAAUACGAAGUGGCUGUGCCAGUUGAGUUGUCAUGGGGAUGCUGUGCCAGUUGGUAGGGAUGCUGUGCCAGUUGGUAGGGAUGCUGUGCCAGUUGGUAGGGAUGCUGUGCCAGUUGGUAGGGAUGCUGUGCCAGUUGAGUUGUAGGGAUGCUUUUGCACUUUUGGACCAGAUGUGGUUUUGACACAUUUUAUUAGAAAUAUUGUGUUUUGUAGUUUUACAUUGAAUAAUCACUAUGAAUCCAUGUUUAUGUAUUCACUGUAUGUUUUAAAGGACUAGGUAACGCUUUUCUCCAGUAAAUCUAUAUAAGUUAAAAGUGGUGUACGUAAUGGAUAUGGUAAAUGCUGAUAAGAGUGAAGUAAUAUUAUUUUAUUUACUAAAUGUAAAAACAUGCCUUUUGAUGUGACCACUAAAUCUGUAUUUUUAAAUAAAGUAAUUUAGUCUUCCACAA